GAAAGUAAGGAUAAUAACAGCUGUGAAUAGUAGCUGACAGGAAAAGCUCAGCACUCUAAACCAUGUCACGGCUCCUAUGCCCAGUGCUGUGUUAUGAAUUUGCUUGGCAUUGUUAAAUGGGUUGCUUUUAAAUACCAGAUCCAGACAAACUCUGCAGCCAAGUCGAGGGAAACAAACUGGUUUCUUAACAGGAAGCAGAUGAGGAGUCUGGGAUUUGACUCAUGACGAAUUUUAUUCAAUGAGUGCUGCUUAGUACAUUGUCACUUCUAGAUUACUGACCACACCGCAAGGACUCUUACCAGUGAAGCAGUGCUGACUGAUCAACUCCUCAACAAGAGACCAUGGCAAAGAAGGUGGCAGUGAUUGGAGCCGGAGUCAGUGGCCUGGUCUCACUGAAGUGCUGUGUGGACGAGGGACUGGAACCCACUUGCUUUGAGAGGACUGAAGAUAUAGGAGGGCUGUGGAGGUUCAAAGAAAAUGUUGAAGAUGGCCGAGCGAGUAUCUAUCAAUCUGUCAUCACCAACACCAGCAAAGAAAUGUCCUGUUUCAGUGACUUUCCGAUGCCUGAAGACUUUCCGAACUUCUUGCACAAUUCUAAGCUCCUGGAGUAUUUCAGAAUCUUUGCCAGAAAGUUUGAUCUUCUAAAAUAUAUUCAGUUCCAGACAACUGUCCUCAGUGUGAAAAAACACCCAGAUUUCUCAUCCUCUGGCCAAUGGGAGGUUGUUACCGAGAGCAACAGUAAGAAGCAAAGUGCUGUCUUUGAUGCGGUUCUGGUUUGCAGCGGCCAUCACAUCCUUCCUCACAUCCCACUGGAGUCCUUUCCAGGUAUUGAGAAGUUCAAAGGCCAGUAUUUCCAUAGCCGCCAGUACAAGCACCCAGAAGGAUUUGAGGGGAAACGCAUCCUGGUGAUUGGACUGGGAAACUCGGCCUCAGAUAUUGCCGUUGAGCUGAGUAAGAAGGCUGCGCAGGUUUUCAUCAGCACCAGACAUGGUUCCUGGGUCAUGAGCCGAAUCUCCAAAGAUGGCUACCCCUGGGACAUGGUAUUUCACACCCGGUUUAGCUCCAUGCUCCGAAAUAUCCUGCCACAAACAAUUCGAAAAUGGAUGAUGGAACAGCAGAUGAAUCGAUGGUUCAACCAUGAAAAUUAUGGCCUUGAGCCCCAAAACAAGUAUCUUAUGAAAGAACCUGUAGCAAAUGAUGAUCUUCCAAGUCGUAUACUCUAUGGAGCCAUCAAGGUGAAAUCGAGAGUGAAAGUGCUCACAGAAACUUCAGCUGUCUUUGAAGAUGGAACAGUGGAGAAGGAUAUUGAUGUCAUUGUCUUUGCAACAGGAUACACUUUCUCUUUUCCCUUCCUUGAAGAUUCACUUGUUAAAGUAGAGGAUAAUACGGUCUCACUGUAUAAAUACAUGUUUCCUCCUCACCUGGAGAAGUCAACUCUGGCAUGCAUUGGACUCAUCCAGCCCCUAGGCUCCAUUUUCCCAACUGUUGAACUUCAAGCUCGUUGGGCAACCAGAGUUUUCAAAGGCUUGUGUACCUUGCCCUCAGAAAGGACUAUGAUGGCGGACAUUAUCAAGAGGAGUGAAAAACGAAUAAAUCUGUUUGGGAAGAGUCAGAGCCAGACACUGCAGACCAAUUACAUCGACUACUUGGACGAGCUUGCUUCAGAGAUAGGUGCAAAGCCAGACCUCCUGUCUCUCCUGCUGCAAGAUCCCACGCUGGCUGUGAAGCUCUAUUUUGGACCCUGCAACUCCUACCAGUACCGCCUCACGGGGCCUGGGCAGUGGAAGGGAGCCCGAAGUGCCAUCAUCACUCAGAAACAGAGGAUACUGAAGCCUUUAAAGACACGGGCACUAACAGCUUCAUCUAAUUUCCCAGUUUGCCUCCUGUUGAAAAUCCUGGGGCUUCUUGCUAUUGUUGUGGCCUUUUUUUUCCAGCUUCAGUGGUUCUAAUCUGUCAGAGUAAGGCUUCUGACUUUAUUGUCAGUCAGCUCCUCUUUAAAAAAAAAAAAAAAAAAAGACUAAAAGAAAAAAUAUUAAAUCUAGAUUCUACGUUUCAGAGUUGAGAGGAACAGAGAGGUAGUUGUAGAGAAGUAGCAGAAUUAGGUCCAUGUAAAACACCAAAGUGACGUCUUGAGAUUUCUUUGCCAUCCCACCCUUUCCUCAAGUUCACCAGACUCUCCAAAAGGACAAAUAACACCGGCUGUGCACAUGCGCUGCCAGCCCUUAUGUAACAGAGUUGUAACCCAAAAAACCAAUUAAAUUGCACAGAAUGAAAAGAAGGACCCAUGAUUUAAAACAUUGGAAAAUUUCAACGGUGAGUAAUUUAAACCCCUGAAUGAUACUCUUACUAGUCUUCUUACCCAACUGUAUUUGGCAACAAAGUCCUUGGGUGUUAGGUCAUGCUCCAUUUGCUUAGUGAGGAAUCACUCAAAAGUCUUGGAGAUAAAAAUGAAAGGACAGACUCAAAAAACAACAGCAAUGAUGUGACAGACUUCUAACGCCUGAUGUUGAAAGCUAAGCCAAUAGCCACAUUUCUUAUAUUUUGACAAAAACACUGCUGUAAAAAUAAAAAUAAAUAUGCCAAAAUAGAUAUAUACACA